UUGUUUUUGAAAAAAAUGACACAAAAUGAAAGUGUAUGCUUCACAAGUACGACCAUGUCAGGUGUGCGGGAGUUCAGACCGCAAGUGGACAGUUGGUGCGACUGGGUGGAGAUCCUAGACUCCCAUUUUGUUGAAAUGGCUUGUCAGGACGACAAGAUCAAGCGGUCGAUCCUGUUAAAAAACAUUGGAAUGGAGGCUUAUGGACUGCUGCGGGACAUCUGUGAUCCGGAUCUGCCUGCAACCCAAACGUAUGAUAAAUUGUGUACGCUUUUGGGAAGUCACUUUUCAAAGCCGAUUAUUAUUUUUCGCGAGCGAAAAAUAUUUUUUGAUGCUGUUCGUGAAAAAGGGCAAACAAUUAUGGAGUGGUUUGCACUUUUAAAAAAAUUAGCAAGAAAUUGUAAAUUUGGGGCACAAUUAAAUUCGUUUGUUCUAAAUAAAUUCGUUACUGCUUUAGACGGUAGAACAUUCGAAAGAUUGUGUGAAGAAGAUGAGACCUUGACAAUUGAACGGGCAUUAAAAAUUGCAAUAAUUACGGAAGCAAAAAAUGAAGCUUUCAAACAGCAACAAACCCAUGAUGUAGAGGUUAAUGCCCUUUUUUAAAAGAAAUUUGCAUUUCAAAGGCGCAAACAGUGCGAGUACGAAUAAAGCUUGCAUGCAUAACAAAAAUGCAAACAGCGGCAGCAGCAGCGGCAGCGGCAGUAAAAAGCAACGGCAGAGCUGUAAACACUGUGGUUGGAGAAACCAUGAAAGUAGUAGCUGCAAAUUUAAAAAUUGCAAAUGCAAUAAUUGUGGACGUGUGGGCCAUUUGGCCAAUAUUUGUUUAAAAAAGAAAACAAUAAGUAUUGUAAAUAAUAAUGAAUGCAAAAAUUUUUC